CAGUGAAAGAAAAGCAAGUUACUUCACCAUUGUUGAUGCUAAUUUUAGACAGUUGUCUCAACUAUGCAAUGGGUUCAUAUUCACCAGUCACUCAUGUCAUUUUUGAUCUGGAUGGCCUUAUUUUAGAUACAGAGAAAGUAUACAAAUUGAAGUAUGAAGAAUUGCUUGCUCGCUACAAUAAACAGUUCACCCAUGAGAUGCGGUUGGCAGUCCUGGGACGCAAGGAUGUGGACUGUGCCGAGGAGAUCAUCAGGGCUACCAACAUUCCUCUCACACCAGUCGAGUUCUCCGCUGAGAUAAAGAAACUGCAAACCGGAGCCAUGAAGAGUGCUGAGCUUAAACCUGGGGCGGAGAGACUGGUUCAGCAUCUGGCCAGGAGCAAAGUUCCGAUUGCCGUGGCAACCAGCAGUUCACGUGAGACUUACGAGCUCAAGGUCUCCAACCGCCACGAGUUGAUGGCUCAGUUCCACCACGUGGUCAUGGCGGGGUCCGACCAGGAGGUGAAGAAGGGAAAGCCACAUCCAGACAUUUAUCUGGUUUGUGCUUCAAGGUUCCCAGACAACCCUCAUCCAAGCAAGUGUCUGGUGUUAGAAGAUGCUCACAACGGAGUCCAAGGAGCAAUAGCAGCAGGCAUGCAAGUUGUUAUGGUGCCAGAGGACUUUCUACCGAGAGAACUCACAAAAGAAGCAACCCUUGUACUUAACUCACUCGAGGAAUUCCAACCUGAAGUAUUCGGUCUACCAAAAUUCUCCUGAUACUUUUUGACCUUGUCAGUUAAAUCACAAGUAUUCAAUGCAACUGAGGCAUGUUGGACAUAUGAUUGUAAAUUUUAGGUUAAGAUUGUUAAGUAUCACAUGGUUUAGCUCACUGAAGCAUGUUGAUUAAAAUUCAAUUGAUGAGAGUUGUGAAAUUUAAUUCACCUUGUGUAACUGAGGAGAUUUUACUUUAAGUCCUCAGCUUAUCAGAUGCAUUGAAAUAAAACCAUGGAAAUUGA